CACUCUACUUUGAAAUGUCUGGGGAUUCCCGGAAAUGUAUGCCAGCGUGUGGGAUUGGGACGGGUCUGUCAAUGACGUGUAUUUUUGUAACAAGGAAGUAUCCUCCUCAGACCCUCUUCCAUUCCUUGAAAAAGAAGAAAUUAGUAUGUAGUGCAACACAAACUGAUUAAAAGCUCUCAGCAUGGAAGAUAUAGACAGGAAAAAACUGAGACGAAACCGUUGUGCCUUGGUAGAAAAUGUAGAACCUCACCGAAUUCUGGACCAUCUUAUACAGCAUGGUGUCUUCACACCAGACAUGAUUCAAGAAAUAACAUCCAAGGAAACAAUAAAAGACCAGACUGGCAAACUAUUGAAUAUGCUAGAAAAGCGAGGGCAGGAUGCAUACCGUCAUUUCCGCAGUGUUCUCCUGGAAACAGGCUAUGAACAUCUUGUGGAAAAAUUGGACAAUACCGCAAAUAACACAGCUGAUGAAAUUGAUGGUAGGGCUAUAAGACCAGCACAACAAGGCAUUAGUUCUACUCUUCAAAUUCGCAAUAAUCAGGGCAGACAGAAUGCACAGCAUGUGACUAAUAAUGUCAUUGGAAAUAACAAUUUUGCUGUGUUUGGUGGCCAUAACCUAACAAUCAACCACUUCAAUCAUUCCGGCUCUGGCUGACUCUCAUCUCAUCAACCACUUAUGUUUGAGCAUCGAGAAAGCCCUUGUGCAGUUGUGUUACUUAAGGGCAUGUGACAGAAACAGCACCCUCUACUGGUGUCAGUGAGGCAGCUUUAAACAGGAAAAGUUAAGGGUACAAUUUACUUGUAUGCCAUCUUUAAGACUUGUUUUCAGUCGUCAAUCAUCUACUUAGAUUUUAAAGUAACUAAACUACCAUGUUUGUCAUUGGUGUCAACCAAGUAGAGUAAUGAAACAUUCUACAUGUACAAUGAAGCAUGUACUAGGGUCCAUAUGAAAGGCACUGUGAGCAUACUGUGAAGCAUUGUGGCACUUGCAAUAAUGAUUUGAGUCUGAGAUUUCCCUAUUAACCUUAGCAGUGCCCAGGGUCAAUUUAGUCAGUCUAGUUGUCAGUCUAUGGACUACUGGGGAUGCUUAAAAGGGGCCUGGUCAAGGUGUUAUCUUUUACAAUGAAGAGAUGUAAUCUUGUGACGUCGUGUUGUCAUCUACAUGCACUUCACUGGAGAUACACCACAAGUUGAAAAAAAGAGAGAGAAUAAUGAGAGUGUAUGCCGAUACCAGCGGAGAGACUGUAUAAUCAUCCCAUUUACUCAGCCUUAUUUAUAAUCAUCCCAUUUACUCAGCCUUAUUUAUAAUCAUCCCAUUUACUCAGCCUUAUUUAUAAUCAUCCCAUUUACUCAGCCUUAUUUACUCCUCCUCCCCUUUUGUGCAAUGUUACUUUGUUUUUUCACUGCGUGAAAACAAAUGAUUUCUUCAGGGGGCGUGUAGAAAUUUCAAGUUGUCCGUGCUUUAUCAGACAGCAGAGAGUGCUGUUGCCAUGAUGUCAAUCAGGAAGACACCCUAGGGUUCUAGGUUUUUCUGUUUAGAUUGUUUGAACCCAAAAUUUGUUCAUUGAAAACAUUUUUAGAAAAGUUGCUCAUUGGCUUGUUGCCAUGUUCUUAAUCAGUGACUCAACAAAGCAAAGAAACCUUGAAAUGGGAAACUAUAAAAAUUCUAUCAGAGUUUCGUGUACGAAUUAAUGAAUCAUUGAGUUUCAUUCCAUCGGAUGGCUCACAUUUUUUUCAUGAAUAUGGAAACUUGAAAGAGCACAAAAACUGAAAAGGUGCCAAUAUCUUUUAAAACGCAGCAAAAGUUGAAAAGAAAGGAUAAUUGAAUCACAACGGUGCAUUUUAAAGGAUUGUGGAAAAAAUGUCAGCAUGACCCUUUAACAUCUGGUUUGAAAUGCAGAUUGAUGUGGGUUGAAGGCCAGGUUAUCACCUCUACAUACAUCCUCCCAUAGUGUGGCUUAAAGGAGCAGUUACUGGCUCUAUCAGUCAGGAAGGAUGUGUGUAUGAGGAUAUUGUUGUAACAAGGAAUCAUAAAACUCCCUUUAUGGAAGUAGAGAUAAGGAAUAGUAAAUUUAAAAUACAUGUACAUUUAACUGGAAAUUGCAAAUCGAGUAGGCUUCUGACACGCUCCAGCCAUUUGCAAAAGUUUAGGACCAUCCAUACAAAAUGCAUUAACCUGAAGGAAAAAAAAACUUAAACCAAUUAUUCACAGCAACUUAAAUAUAUUUUUAAAGUGUAAUCUUAGUAUCGUGGUUGAACAGCUAUUUGACUACAUUUCCAUAAUUUGAAUUGUUAACAGUCUAAUAUUUAGUGUGCCCUCUUCCAUUUCUGUUGACUUCUUGAAUGCAACGUGGCAUACUGGAGGUGAGAGACUGGCAGUAGUCUACGAAAAUUUCCUUUUCUCAAAUGUGUGUGUGCCUUGGCAUUUAUUGGUUAGCUGUUUGUCUUAAUCUUUCAGUACCUCCCACAAAUUUUCGAUGAGAUUGAGAUCAGGACUGUUCCCAGGCCAGUCAAGAACUUUGACGUCGCCCUUUGUCAAGAAAUGAAUAUUUCAUGAUUAGUGUGCAUCCAUACAAGUCUCAGCCGUAUGACGUACAUUGUACUUAGCACUAUUUAUAAUUUAUUGGGUGGUUUGAGAAACAGACGUUCCAGGCAGAGACAUGGCACCCCCAUAUCAUCUGAGUUUGGGAGGCGUUUCAUGGUCACAACUACUGUAUCAUACAUCAAUCUUAUUCUGCCUCGUCUUUAGACAUGCUCUUUGUGUCAUAAAGAUUGUUGCACCUUAUCUGAAAAUUAAACUCUCAUCCAGUCUUCUGCAAACAAAACCAUUCAAAUGGAUUCAUAACACUUCUCUGAUGGUACGAGCUACUGUAAAAAGAAAGAGAACAAGAAAAGUCAUUUAGUUGUGAGAAAAUGUUAUGCAGGACCAGUGGCAGUUCCAGGUGGUCUUGAGCUUUUGCAAAUGACAGCAAUACGUAUAUUCAUUGAUUGGUUGAUUUUUUUAAACUAUGUGAGGCAAAGUCAUAAACCUCGUUUUUUAAAAUGCAUUCUUACAGUGACUAAUCUAUUCUUUAGAAUUAUGUUAAUGAGCUGCACUUUGGAAAGUACUAAAUCGUGUUUUUGGUGUGAAAGAUCCCAUGUAUCAUAACAGGAACUACAAUUAUGACUUAUGGAGUGUCAAAGUUGGUAUUGUGGGAGAGAAGAGACUGCCGUUUUUUAAUUGUUUCUUUUUUCUUCGUUUGCUUCAGUUUUGGACUUAAAUCCAAGGCAGUUAUCUUCCCUCUUGUCUGUCAAUGUAGAUAUUUCAGACUUUGCCAUUUAAGUAAAUAAACAUUUUGGGACAAAGCAAUAACUUCCCAGAAACCAUGA